GCCAGCAAACACUCGCCUAUCAUCAGUCAACGUGAAGCCAACUCCUCCUCUUCUGCUGUUACGCACAUGUAUACAGCCUACUUGGCAAAAGACAAAACAUUCACCAAACAGACUACUGUAAAGGAAAAGCGCUUCUCCAGACGCCCGGCGGGAUUUUAUAAAGCAAAGGCUGCGCGGCUGUUUUCUAUUUUUCUCUGAAUAGCAGAAGUAGUUUGAGCGACAUAAAUCAGCUGCUGUAGCAUCAACUUGGACUGUUGAGCCUGGAGGAGGGGAGGACGACUGUCAGCUUUUUGGGACAUAUCUUUUUUCUUCUUUCUGACUGUGUGAUGCGUUAGAAGCCUGCUGCCGGCUGCCAGUUGUACAGAGUUACUUAUUGUUCUGCAGAAUAAGGAAGAUAUUUGCCAAUGCCUUGCAUCUGACGAAAUCCUGAAAUAUUUUCCCGGCGAGGAGGAGGCAUCGGCGAUACCCAUGCAGCGGCGCUUCCAUAGUUGGUAUGUUUAUUCAUAGUAAAUAGAGAGGGAAAUAUAGAAAGAGCAAAUGAUAGCGAGAAAUAAAUGACAUCACACCUGAGAGAAAAUCGAUUCCAGUCAGAGAAACGAAGUCUGUGCGCUUAUUUAUGAAUUAAUCAUAGCUUAUUAAUAAUGAGAGCUGCAGAGAUUCGGAUGACGGUUUCCAUUGGCAGAUGAGACGUAGUGUGGAGAACACGUGUCCAAUUUUUCCCUCAUAUUUUUUCCUCCCUAAUCUGGAUUUCUCACUUGUCACGGCAAGAAAGGAAAACCUUUAGAAAAAGCAAAAAUUUUGAGUGGCGUUAUUGCGCAGAUUUUUGCCUCUGAUGGACAUCUUGGCUUGCAGAUCCGAAGAGAACAGUUAUAAUAUCCUCCCCUCUGCGGCAACGAUGCUUUUCCAUGGCCUCCCUGGAGGCGACGUGCACGGUGUGGUGGAAGAAAUGGACCGGAGAGGAAAGAGCGAGUCAGCAGCCAUCAGCUCAGCCAUCGAUAUGGGGGAAUCAGAGACGUCCAUGCCGUGUAUGACCGGCGAGCGCGUGGCUCUGUGCGCGGGCUGCGGCAGGAAGAUCGCGGACCGCUACUACCUGCUGGCAGUGGACAAACAGUGGCACAUGCGCUGCCUCAAGUGCUGCGAGUGCAAACUCAACCUGGAAUCUGAGCUCACCUGCUUCAGCAAGGACGGCAGCAUCUACUGCAAGGAGGACUACUACAGAAGAUUUUCGGUGCAGAGAUGCGCUCGGUGCCACCUGGGGAUCUCAGCCUCGGAGAUGGUGAUGCGGGCCCGAGACCUGGUCUACCACCUCAACUGCUUCACGUGUACCUCCUGCAGCAAGAUGCUCACCACCGGGGACCACUUUGGCAUGAAGGACAGUCUGGUGUACUGUCGGUUGCACUUUGAGACUCUCAUCCAGGGAGAAUAUCAGACACAUUUUAACCACGCGGACGUUGUCCCGCACAAAGGCCUGGGCCCGGCCAACACGCUUGGACUAUCCUACUUCAACGGCGUGGGGACAGUGCAGAAAGGCCGGCCCAGGAAGAGGAAGAGCCCUGGGCCGGGCGCCGAGCUGGCUGCUUAUAACGCAGGUAAGGAUUUACAACGACGGUAGUUAACCUAUUGACACGCGUGUUGAGCUCUAAGAAAUGCGGACAGUUCAGCAUGUCAUUCAUGUAUAUUUCGUGUUUGAUCGUGUGGUGGUACUGAUUUUAAAAUCUCAAAAACUCAAAAUCUCAAAAACAAUGAUCCAGGGUCGAAAACGUAGAAUAGAAAAAAAGAAACAAAAAAAACACCGCAGCCAUAUUGUAAAGUAAAUGUUGCUCCAUCGUUUUAUUGAACAGCCUCAGCGUGAUACCAAGUGAUUAAGAGCGACAGCUUUCCUUAAUCAAACCUUUUGAACAGUCCUAUAACGGCUCAUAGUGUGUGUGUGUAUGUGUGUGUGUGUGUGUGUGUGUGUGUGUCUCCUCUCAUAACUUUAUGAUAGCUUCAUCAUAUGGCUUUUACUCUCUGUGGUUUUAUAAAUAUUAGUUAUAGGCAGUUUAGAAUGACUUUAUCAUAACUUUACCACAAUAACGACAGACCUAGUUUUUAACCUCGCUAUGGUGUGUGUGUGUGUGUGUGUGUGUGUGUGUGUGUG